CAAUCGUGGCAUCAAAUCGACGCCCAGAGACACUUAAAGAACAAAUUCUUAAAAAUCGCCGUUCAUACAUCCGACAUCACUUUGCACACCAGUUACUACCGGAAGAAUCUCAGUUUAAACAAUUAGUAUUUGAAAAAUUUGGAAGUAAAGCCUGUGCCGAUUGUUAUACUAUUAGUUCAGGAACCGACGAAUUUCAGCAUUUUUUCGACGCGUUAGCACACCUCGAUUGUUGCGUAUCACAAUAUACAAUCGACGCGUUCGAACAAUUUCGACAAGAGAAAACGCGAGAAAAUACGCUUGAAUUAUUCAAAACUAUUGGAUUUCUAGCCCCACCAGUCGAUCCAGAAAAAUUAGUAAUCUCACUACUUGCUUCAGACGACACAUUCCAUAUACCACUAUUUGAAGCAGAACCGCAUUUAGAAAAUAAAGAUUUAGCGCCCUUAUACGAAGGAGUUAAAAACUAUAUCAAUUCCGCCAAGGCAAAAGGAAAAGUUGUCAGCACAAGCCAAGCGGAACAAUCCUCCUCACAAAAAGAACAAAGAAGUAAAGCUGCAGAAUUCAUUGGGAAAUAUUUUUACGCACAGAAAAAAUCCCGAUCAAGCUUUAGUCCAACCCCAGGAAGCGAAUCCGGAGAAGACGCGUUUCAAACUCCAAAUCAGUCACCUGCACAAGUCGACGAGAUAACACAAUCAAUCGACAAAAUCAUACGAAAAUAUAAAUUAGUAGUCACACCCCCAGGAACACCAAUAGGCACUCCAAAAGAUAUUCCAACCGAUCUAGAAUUACCGGUCACCGUUACAGAAAACCAGGAAGAAACUGAAAAUAAUAACAAGCCAGUCCCACAGAAAUUACAACUACCAGUCCCGCAAAUAAUACAAUUCCCAGUUCCAGCAGCAAACCCGCCUCUGCCUCAGCCUCAACAAGGUCAUCCACCAGUAGUUGUCCAACCUCAGCAACAAGACGAAGAAGAAAUGUCCACUGCUGUACCUUAUCCAACCUUUAACGGAGUUAACCCUAAGUCAUGGCUUGCUCAGAUCGAAAGAGCAUUUAAAGCAAACGGAGUCCGCGACGAUGCUCAUGAUAAACGAAUCGGCAUCGCAGCAUACCAUAUGGGAUCAUUCCAAGAAUGGGCCGGACUACACAACCCACAAAUAACAGAAUGGGAUAAUGCCAAUCAAGGACAUGAAGGAUUUAAGCAAUAUUUCAUUGCCGAAUUCUUUAAUGAAGAUACCAAGGCAGAAGCUAUGGAAUUAGCUAGUAAGCAAACUCAAAUGUCAGGAGAAAAUAUUGACUCCUAUCGAGCAGCCCUAGAGAAAAUUUGGCAAGAAUGCGAUCCGGCUGACUUGCCAGCCAGACAGAAACUCCGAAUAUUCCUAAAUGGAUUAACUCCUGCCAUAAGAAUGUCAGUCAAACAGACAUCACCGGCAGAUCUAAAUGCAGCUGUGCAAACAGCAAAAAUCCAUUAUAGAGCAAUCAGAGAAGAAAUGCAGCCCUCUUCAUCAGUGGAAAUUAACGAGGCUAUGGCUGGAGAGAUUAAACAGCUUAAGGAGAGAUUGGAUAGUUUCGAAAGAAAGCCAAGAACACCAUUUCAGCCACAACGAACCAGACAACCAAUAUUAAAUCUCCAAUGCUUUUAUUGCGGAAGAAUGGGACAUAGACAGGCAGAAUGCAGAAUCAAGGCUUUGCAUCUUAAGCAAGGACGACCACUUACCUGGGCUAAAAAUGGACUAGUAUGGAAUUUAAAUGCGUGCAUAACAGAAGCAACAGUGGCAGAUAUAAUAUUAGGAACGAAUUUCCUAAUUAAAUAUGGAGCAAUGUUAGACCUUCCCAGACAACAACUGAUUCUAACGAAAACAAAAGAGUACCAAGAAGUCAUACCACUAGUCGAGAAGAAACAGCUACAGAUACGGAUGGUAAGUGUAAUAGAGCAGAUGGAUCUUGAUCAACCCCAGGAGCUCGAUGCCAUGGAGGUUGAUUAUAAUCCAAAUUGGAAGUGCUCAGACGGACCGAAAGAAUUCCAGUGCAUGAAGAGAUUUGUACCGGACGAUGUAGAUGAAGAUCCAGAACCAUGUAUCAGAUGUCAUAAUCGAUAUUAUGAACAAGUAAAAUAUGCCGAGGCCAAAGCAAAAUAUGACAGUUUCAAAUAUACUGCACACAGCGACAGCUGUGCAUCUCAUUACCAACAUGGCCGAGGUUACGAUGAAGUAGAUGAUGCUUAUGCCUGGUACAAGAAAGGCACACAACUGAAACCAAAUGGAGAUGUAGUCGACAAGAACGUGAUAUACGGAAAUGUAGGGAGUGAUUGGACUAAGUAUCACCCCGAAUGGAAACCGACCACAACAAGAAAGAAAGACCCACAGUAUGAAGAAAGAACCAAGAAGUGGAAAACCUGGUUCAUAGAUGUCCCAGAAAAAGAUGAAAUUGCCAGACAAGCUUUAGAAGCCUACGAAGAAAAACAUCAGAAGAAAGAGGUGUAUGAAUUAGAAAUUCCCUAUGUCAUCCAACGACAUAAGAAGCGACAA